AUGGGUCUGGUUCAAGGCUUGGUCGAGCUGCUCCAGCUGGCGGUUCAGUCGCCUCUCCGGCUGGGGAUCUCCGUCGCAGUAGGUCUACUCUCGUAUAUGAUCGGAUUGGUGAUCUAUCGACUGUAUUUUCACCCACUGGCGCGGUUUCCGGGCCCAAAGUUAGCUGCUGCGACGCGGUGGUACGAAGCAUAUUAUGAUCUCAAGGCGCCCGGGGGGCAGUUCAUGUUUCAUUAUCGCAAGCUUCAUGAGCAAUAUGGCCCCAUCAUCCGUAUCAGCCCGUUCGAAAUCCACAUCCAAGAUUCCUUCUUCUACGAAGACUUAUUUUCGCAAUCCCUCCCCUGGGACAAGGGACAGCACCUCGCACACCGCUUCAACAACCCCACCGCCACCUUCGGGACCCCCAAGCAUGACGUCCAUCGCCGCCGUCGUGCCGCGCUAAACCCUUUCUUCUCCAAACGAUCCAUCGCGCAGGCGGCGCCCAUGAUGCAGACUCAGGUCGACAAGCUCUGUGACCGACUGCGCCGGGAGUACUCCGGGACAGGGAAAGUCUUGCAGAUGGACUGGGUGUGGGGGUGCAUCGCGUCGGAUAUCAUCGUGCAGUACUGCUUCGGCGAGGGUUAUGGGUUUCUUGAGGCGCCCGAGUUCCGGUCGCCGUUCAUCCAUGCGCUGGUCGAUCUGCUGGACGGGGUACACGUCGUCACGCAGUUCCCGAUCGUCACCGACCUGAUGAACAUCUUGCCCGACUGGUUUGUCAUCAUGCUGCAGCCGCGGAUGAAAUCCGUCAUCAAUUUUUUCAAUCAACUCCAACUGCAGAUCGACGAGGUAUUGCGCAACAAGGACUCCGUGGUCAAGAAAAAUGAGCAGCGCACCGUCUUCGAGGCUCUGCUUCAGUCCGACCUACCGCCAGAGGAGGUGUCUCGACAACGUCUGCACCACGAAGCCACGCUCGUCGUGGGUGCCGGCUUCGAGACAACCAAGUACACCCUCGCCCUCUCCAGCUUCCACAUCUUCAGCAACCCGCACAUCUGGAAGACCCUGCGCCAGGAACUAGAGAUCGCCAUCCCCGACCCGGCGAACCCGCCGUCUCUCACAGACCUGGAAAAGCUGCCCUAUCUCACCGCCUGCAUCCAAGAGAGCAUCCGACUCUCCUACGGAAUCCCCGGUCGCAACGGCCGCAUCUCCCAGACCUUCCCCCUCACCUACAAAUCCUGGGUCAUCCCCCCGGGCACUCUGAUCAGCAUGGACAACUACGCCGUCGCGCACGACGAGGCCAUCUUCCCCGACAGCUGCACCUUUAAGCCCGAACGCUGGCUCGGCGACCCGCUCGCGCCCGACGGCAAGAAACUCUCCCGCUACCUGGUGUCGUUUGGGCGCGGUACGCGCUCGUGUCUGGGCAUCAACCUUGCACACGCGGAACUGUACAUCGCGAUGGCGAACGUCUAUCGCUCGUUUGAGUUUGAGCUGUAUGAGACGGGGCGCGAGGCGAUCGAUUGUGCGAGGGAGAUGUUCUUACCGCAGCCGAAGCCGGGGACGCAGGGUGUUCGUGUGAAAGUACUUUGA